GUUCGACCCGGGUUAAGUUAACCCGGGUUAGUUUUUCGUAGUGUAAAUGCAACUAACCCGGGUUCGACCCGGGUUAAAGUAACCCACCUCUCGAGGUGGGUUAGUUUUAAAAGUAACCCGGGUUAGUUUUCGAAAGUGUAGUCUAAGCGGGAAACUGGGGCGAACCCGGGUUAGUUUCUGUAAUGAACAUGCGCACUCGCGUUUAAAACAAAAACGGCGCCAAGCAAGGCUCUCUCUCUUGUUUUCACUCGACAGUCGAUGCAGUCAGGACGUCACUGGUUUUUACAGUUUAAAUUGAAAAAAUGAGUUUAGGAAAUAUUUCUCGAGGAUCGACUUGGGCCUCUGAUGAGGUUUCAAUGUUGAUAAGUAUAUGGGCAGACGAAAAAAUACAGCAACAGCUAGACAAUUGUUCCCGAAAGAGGUCAGUCUUUGAGAAGAUUGCGAAGAGGUUGGAAGCUGAAAGUGAAGGCCGAUUUACCCGCUCGUACCAGCAAGUCAGCGAAAAAAUAAAACAACUAAAGAAAGCAUAUAAAAAAGUGAAAGACAAUAACAACUUAUCUGGAAGGUCACGAAAAACUUUUAAGCAUUUCGACCAAAUGGAUAGGGUUAUGGGAGAUAGGCCUCCAAGUUUAUUCGAGAGCAGUGAGCAAGCUUCAAUUCAGGGUGAUGCCGAUGAUGAUGAGUUUGCCCUGGAAGACCCUGAGGAGCCUGAUUUUGAUAAUAAUGCCUCUUUGGUUGAGCAGGAUCAGAUAGAGAGCUCAUUAACUACAACAUCAUCAUCAGCUCCUUCACCAGCAGCUACAGCUACCUCAAGCAACGGAACUCCACCCUUAACUAAGCCAUCCACAGUGCCCAAUGAAGAUCAGGAAACUCCUGUCAAUAAGGAGAAGAUUCUUAGCUCAAGAAGAGGAAAAAGUAAAAAAAAAGCAGGAAUGAGACAUUCAUGUCAACUGCCUUUGAAAUUAUGCAAAAGCAGCAACAAGUAGCAGAUGACAGGUUUUUUAAAAUGGAAGAAGAGAGGCAACGUCGUGAAUAUAAAA